AUGCUUGAUAUUUGCCUUUCAAGGAGUAUGGAAAGGACGAAAGGAGAGGGACGCGCGAAGCACGACGACACACUAUCAUUGACAGCAGAAGAGGAGAAGAUACACGGGUCGAUCGAUGUUCCGAAGGUUCAUGGACGUGGUGUAGGCGACGAUUUCCGGGCUUACGACGAUGACUGGGAGGACGUUGACGACGACUGUGAUUAA